GCACAAGGAAAUAAUAUUCUAUUUUUAACGAAAUAAACACCAGAUCUAAGUCAAAUGAUUUUCCGAAAGUUAAAUCUUUAUUUUGUAAACUGUUGAUGAUAAGCAAUACCAGAUGCCUAUGAUCAAACCUGAUUUACGAUUUAUUAUGUCAAACGAUGAAACUCUUGAAAGUUUGAUAAAAGGCACUGCACGUAAUCGGAUAAAGCAGAACUUUUGCUGUUUGAAACAAUUCCUUGUAAAUUGCAAUAUUGACGAACUGAUUGAAACAUCUUACCAGGACAAGCUAAUUGAUUACGCUAUGUACAACACUAUGAAGGAUUUGCGUGGUUCUGUUCUGCAAGUUGAAGGUAUUCUGAAAAGAGCAUCUGAAGCAGACGAAGACAAAUGUUGGAAUUUUCUAAAUCUUCUGGCAAAUGUUACAGGUUUUAAUUUGAGGACUUUGCUAAAGCCAGAAAAAACCAUUUCCGAAGAGUCAAAACAACGUUUUAAAAAUGUCACAAAAAGCUGCCUUCAGGAACAUACAGAGUAUAUAAAAGACCAGUUAGAAAUUAAAAAGACGCUGGAUAUAAUGCUAGAAUAUAAUGUCAUAACGGUCAGAGACCAUGACGAUAUUCAAGCUGCUAAAGGUCGUAGGAAAAAGGUCGAAACGUUCAUCAACUGUGUGUUUGGAAAAGCGCAAGUUGAUUGGAUCCCAAAAUUUCUGUAUGUAUUGGAUCAUGAGGGAUAUUCAAAUUUAGCCGACCAAUUAACAAGAACACGACCUAUUUCACCUAUUCAAGAUCUCUACAUUCCACAUGGACAAACACGGAGAUUAACUGCCCGAGUGAGAGCGCUUCCAGAAAACACAGAAAGACACUUGCUUGAAAAUGAUGGUGUUCUUGUAGACGCAGCUGUUCAAUCUGUAUUUAGCAGCCCUCUUCUUAAUUUGAGAGAGGGGUCGAUAUAUCUCUUACUCAACAUUUCAAAAGACAAAUCAUUUGAAAUGCGACAUACAGCAACCAAAACGAUGACAUCCUUGGUACGGAAGAUGCUGCAAAGUGAAAAAUUAAAAGACAGCAUUACAGAGAAAACUUUUGUUCUGGUAGAAAUUGAAGAAACUGAUGAAGAUGCAUUUCUAAAUGAGACAUUUGAUGAAGAGCUGGUUUUGACAAGUGUUGGACCACAGUAUGAAAAAGAAUGUUCCAGAUGCAUACAAAAGACCAUUAUAGAUAACUAUGAUUUUAUAUUGGAUGAGAUUGAAACUGAUGCUAUUACAGAAACCUUGAAUAAGGCGGAAAUUGUGCCUGAUUUUAUUCGACACAAGUGUAUAGACAAUAUGGGUAGUAUAUCAAGAACACAAAGAGUUGGUAUUUUUCUACAAUACGUUCUUACACGAGAAAGUAUGCUUAAAACAUUCAUGCACGUGUUAGUUAAUCAGGAGAUAGAUGUGGAGAGAAAAAUGUGCUCUGAAUGUAGUGGAAUACAUGUAAAGCAUUCGUUUGGAGACAAACAGAAAAAAAGAACAUUUCAAUUCCAAAUAGAGAAAGAUGAAUAUGGGGAAAUUAUCGUGCAGUUCAAAGAUACAUUUCAUGAACCUGGUGAACAUGGUAAAGUAGAAUUAGGACAUGGUAAAGCAGAAGAACAUGCACCAAUAGAAGUGACAGUUGUGGCAGCUAUUGACAUCGGGACGAGCUAUUCAGGAUAUGCAUAUUCAACUGUAAAAGCCUACCAAACUGAUCACUUAGAUAUAACAUGUAAUCAAUCAUGGAGUUCUGGAGGGAAACAGCUUAUUUCGUCUAAAACUCCUUCUUGUAUUCUUAUGACAAAAGGAAAAGAAUUAGUUUCCUUUGGCUACGACGCAGAAAAAGAGUAUGAAAAUAUAAUUGCCGAAGGAAACGAAGAAAGUUAUUACUUCUUCGACAAAUUCAAAAUGGCUCUUCAUAAAACAAAGCUUGAACCUGAACAGAUUGAAAUCAGAGAUGUUCAUGACCAUGCAGUUGCAGCCAUAGAUGUAUUUGCAUUGGCUAUUAAGGCUUUGAAAGAGGAUCUUGAACAGCACUUAAUUGAAAGAAUAGAAUUUUCUCGUGAGAAAAUUCGCUGGGUUCUAACAGUGCCAGGUUUAAGAGAUUUCAAUGCUGAAGAAUUCAUGAAAAUAUGUGCAGAAAAGGUAGGCAUUAGAAGAGAACAACUGACAAUAGCAAUGGAACCAGAGGCAGCGUCAAUCUUUUACUUAUACAAAAGUAUGAGAGAAAAACCUAAAAUGGACAAUAAGUACAUGGUUAUUGAUGUAGGAGGAGGAACCUUUGAUGUGAGUGUACACGAGGUUUUAAACGAAAAUCAUCUACGUCAACUCUGUUCGCCUUCCGGUGGACCCUAUGGUGGCACAACUGCAAAUAAACAUUUUUUGAAGAUAUUGACAGAAAUAGUAGGCCCAGAUGUCAUGAAAUCACUAAAAACGGAGCAUUCAGGAAGCUAUCUUGAACUAAUGAGAGAGUUUGAUUGCGCUAAACGUGUAAAGCUAUCGAAACAUAAUAGAAAAACAAUCAAUUUUACGUUCCCUAUAACAAUAUUUAAUCGGUUAUGUAAUCGUUAUUACCACCGUCAUUUUCAACAAAUGAUAAAGGAAUCUAAACACAAAAAUAAUAUCUCAAUAGUUGGGGACAAGUUACGAAUAGCUAAAGAAACAAUGUAUUCAUUUUUCGUUACGUCUGUUCAGCAAAUAGUUAAAGAAAUAGACACAGUCUUAAGAAUUGUGGACGGUGAAGUGAAAAAUAUACUGUUAGUUGGCGGUUUUGCUGAAUCUGAAAUAUUACAAGACAAGAUUAGGAAAUCGUUUCCUGAGAAAGUUCUAGUAGUAUUUGAAGAAUCUGAUCUGAUUGUUCUAAAAGGAGCAGUCCUAUUUGGUCAUCAACAACAUAUUAUUGACAGAAUUAUAUAACAAUGGUGUAUGAUAUAUUGAGAUAUAAAACGAAAUAAAAGAUAUGUUGGAAACUUUUUGUCUAAAACACACAACAAAUAAAAGACUUAAUGUUUAAACAGAUAUGAUUACAUCAUGUACAUAUAACGCAGACAUAUUCAUACGGAAUACAUGCAGAAAAUAAGUAACAGCAUCAUAUGGAUAUUUAACUCUAUGCUCAGAGUAUACGGUAGUGUUUCAAUGUAUUGCUAAUGAAAUUAUCGCACUUUAUUUUAAUAAUUUCUACAAAAAGUCGGCACUCCUAUCACUUGUAAAUUUUAUUUCAAAACAAUCAUAUCAAUAUAAACAGUUCCUCAUAAUCUGAUAAAAUAAAUUUCCAAUCUUUUAGUCAUUUUCAAAAUUAUCUAUUGCGGCUAGUUCAGACAAUUCCAUAUCAGUUAAUUCAGAUAUGUGCAUCCAAUGUUCAGACUUUUCAGUAGUUAUUGACUACCUGUGAAUAAAGUAUCAUCCUGAAUUGUCUACAAGCGAUUGUCUGAAUAGUACUGUACAUUCUUUUGAAAGACUGAACACGACUGAAUAGUUUUUUAAGACUUUUCAGGUACUAUAAAGAUCAAUAAGACCUUUUAUGACUAAAAUUCAUUUAGUAAUGUACGGAUAUUAAAUAUGGAAUUGAGAAAGGAGACGGGGAAUGCGUCAAUUAGACAACCACUCGACCAAAACAAAGAAAAUAGCCCAAGGAAACAAAAUCGGUCUCAACGCACCAUAACAUCACGCACAUAGAGGCAAGCUUCAGCUUGCCCCGUAACAAUCAGUUAUACGAGUUAACGGAAAUGGACGCCACAAUAAACUCCGAAGAAUAAAAAUGGUUAAAAAUAAAAAAAAUGGAGACGUUUGGCGGAAAUUUUUGAGAAAAUAUGUGAAUUUUGUUCAAAAUUGAUAAAAGUAUCGAAAAAUUACAAAAAUCGGAAACGAGUAUCAUUUUGGGUUUUAUAAAUGCAGAUACAUGUUAGUUUUAAAUUCUAGAUACGGUGCUUCUUAAAAAAUGUAUCACGUUAGGUUAUUUGGAAAAUAGAAACAUCGCAAAAUAUAAAAAGAAAGGGUUAACUGAAUCGAGGAUUUUGAAUAUGAUAAAACAUGAAAUGCAAUUUUUGUUCAAAUCUCUUAAAUCAAACACGAAAAAUGAUGCUUUUUCUACUGUGUGUGAGACUUAUUGUAUAUAACUAUAUAUUGUUGCGUGGUCAGGCCAGUCAAUGACCGAUUCAAUACUGAUAAAUUAUCAUAUACAUUGCGCACAACUCCCUUUGUGUACUUUGAAAUUUCUAUUGUGUAUGUAAAUUAUGUAUAUUAUAUACUUGUAACAAGGACAUGUUUUAUUAUAAGCAAAAAUUUACUCACCAUAUCUUUGAAAUAAGUUCUAUUUGGUAAAUAAAAAAAUCAUAAAUCCAACUUUUAUGAAUGAAUUACGCAUUUCCUUUCACUUAACUUUUAACGAGUAGCACGUGGCAAAAGAUCACUCACCCCGAAAUUGAAUGUAAUAGAAAUUAACAUAACAAACGAACUGAUUGAAGUGCUAUAAAAUUGAAACUGACAAAUAAAUACAGGUAGCUGUUGUGAGAAAAAAAAAUGCAGAUAGAAUGAAUUCUUAUUUCAAAUGAUUAUAUAUGGUGAGUUGUAUAAAUAUACAAAUAGAGGAUAAUUACAUGUACAUUUGUAUAUAUACGUACAUAGAUAGCUGAUAAUUAUUUAUAAUGGGGGUGUAAUCCAUCAUUUGCUUUUUCACCGACAACCGAGACUGUAAAAAAUUGGGGCCCCUUAGUUGCUUCCCUGGGCAAUGUUGGGUUGAUGUUACAGAUGAUGAACUAAUAAAAUAGGUUGAAAAUUAAACAAAAAGAAAAGAAAUUAAAAAAAAAAAA